CGCGCAGGACGUGCGCGUCAUGACGCAGCGGGUUUCCAUUUUCACUGCGAGUUUCGGGGGAAACAACAACAUGGAUCCUGACAUCGAAGAGAAGAGCCUGGAGCUGAUGUGUUCUGUGCCCAGGUCUUUGUGGCUAGGCUGCUCCAACCUGGCAGAGAGCAUGUGCGCACUGAGGUGCCUGCAGAGCAUGCCCAGUGUCCGGUGUCUCCAGAAUACGUCAGUAAUGGAAGCACAGAAUGAAGACGACUCUCCCAAGAAGACCACUGUGUUUCAGACUAGCAAUGGGCCUUCCUCAGUGAUCGUGUCUCGAAAACGCCCCUCAGAAGGAAAUUACGAGAAGGAGAAAGACGUCUGCAUCAAGUUUUUUGACCAGUGGUCCGAGUCCGACCAAGUGGAGUUUGUAGAGCACCUCAUAUCUCGCAUGUGUCACUAUCAGCAUGGUCACAUCAACUCAUACCUGAAGCCCAUGUUGCAGAGGGACUUCAUCACUGCCCUUCCAGCCCAGGGCUUGGACCACAUAGCUGAGAACAUCCUCUCUUUCCUCGAUGCACGGUCUCUCUGUGCCGCCGAGCUGGUGUGUAAGGAGUGGCAGCGUGUCAUCUCUGAAGGCAUGCUGUGGAAGAAGCUCAUCGAGAGGAUGGUGCGCACAGACCCACUUUGGAAGGGUCUUUCCGAGAGGCACCAGUGGGAGAAGUAUCUCUUCAAAAACAGAACGACGGAGAUCCCACCCAACUCCUACUACAGAUCCCUGUACCCUAAAAUUAUUCAGGACAUUGAGACAAUUGAGGCAAACUGGCGCUGUGGGCGGCAUAACUUGCAGCGUAUUCAGUGCCGCUCCGAAAACAGCAAAGGCGUGUACUGUCUGCAGUACGAUGACGACAAGAUCAUCAGUGGCCUGCGCGACAAUUCUAUUAAGAUUUGGGACAAGCAAACACUUGAAUGUCUGAAGAUACUCACUGGGCAUACUGGCUCAGUACUUUGCCUACAGUAUGAUGAGAGGGUCAUCGUGACGGGCUCUUCUGACUCCACUGUGCGCGUUUGGGAUGUCAACAGCGGUGAAGUUCUCAAUACACUAAUCCACCAUAACGAAGCUGUUCUGCAUCUACGCUUCUGUAACGGGCUGAUGGUAACCUGCUCAAAAGAUCGUUCAAUCGCGGUUUGGGACAUGGCCUCUCCUACUGAUAUCAGCUUGCGACGUGUCCUAGUAGGCCACCGUGCUGCUGUCAACGUGGUGGACUUUGAUGACAAAUACAUUGUUUCUGCAUCGGGGGACCGCACAAUCAAGGUGUGGAGCACAAGCACGUGCGAGUUUGUGCGCACGCUCAAUGGCCACAAACGGGGCAUCGCCUGCCUGCAGUACAGAGACCGCCUAGUGGUUAGCGGCUCCUCCGACAACACAAUCAGGCUGUGGGACAUCGAGUGUGGCGCCUGCCUGCGAGUCCUGGAGGGCCACGAGGAGCUAGUGAGGUGUAUCCGCUUCGACAACAAGCGCAUUGUCAGCGGGGCCUACGAUGGUAAAAUUAAAGUUUGGGACUUGCAGGCGGCACUGGACCCGAGAGCACCAGCAAGCACCCUGUGUCUGCGGACUCUGGUGGAGCACUCGGGCCGCGUCUUCAGGCUCCAGUUUGACGAAUUCCAGAUCAUCAGCAGCUCCCACGAUGACACUAUCCUGAUCUGGGACUUCUUGAAUGUCUCGCCCAAUAUCGCCUCCAACGGACAGAAUGAAGGACGCUCGCCCUCCCGCACCUACACCUACAUCUCUAGAUAACAGACUGCAACCCCCAGCAGGGGGUCGGAUCUCUGCGGACGGCGACACUGAAGCUUUGUGUCCUCUCUGCCAAUGGAAAAGUCCAUUUGUUGGUUUACUUGGGGGCGAGCGGAGACGCACAUGCGGGACACGUUCUCCUUUUCCGGCCCCACCUUGUUUGUGUUGUUCUUCAAAGAGAAUUGAGCUGCGAACGUUUCAAUGUACUCUUCCUUUGCUGCCUCCAGACAACGACGAUCCGAAGUGACUGGCAUUUGACCCUUGACCCCGCCUCCAUGCCUUUGCUUUUUGUGUUGUGCUACCUUGAGAGCCUCAACACAGGAUGGGCAGUUGAAUAGACAGAAUGCCCUUGGCACCCGGCCUGGAAGGACUGGCUCCGAGCCGUGCCGUGGGGGGAGGGUGGUACCCGCUUGCCCAUUGUGGUGCUGUGCACUCCUCUUCAAGCUUUAGAAUUCCUCGGGGCAGCAAGGUCUGAACAUUUCAGUUUUGGGGGCCGCGCAGGCCUCAAGUGACAUCUCCAGAGCUUUAAGUCCUCGAGACUCCUCAGAUAUGCAAGACCUUGCGGCUGUCGGGCCCGGAGGAGCCUCGCCAGUGGGCACCGCGUGCUGCUGCUGCUGCUGCAAGGCCCCGCCAUCCCGGUCCCGGACGGAGACCUCCGCUCCUUGCACUUUUUUUUUUUAUAAACGGUUUCUUCAGGAGUGCAUGUCGGAUGAUCUGUGAAGAAAAUUGGAUUUGUCAAGGGGGUCCUCUCUUUUGUUUUUUUUUUUUUUUUUUGUUUGUUUUUUUAUUUUAUUUUAAAUGUACUAAUGAGGCGGUGGUCUCAUCUCGUAGUUUUACAUGAGCUGUAAUGUCAGGCCCAGUUUAGCUGUAAACACGUCUUGUCAAAAAAUGGUGUUGUAUAUGGAAAUCUUUUUUAAAUGUUAUUAUUUGAAAAGAAUAAAAGUACUUGACUGU